GCUGCCUGCGGUCUGAGACUUCCUGCAAGCACUCAGCAGGCGACAGGGCCACAGCACCGGGUCAUAGGUUGGGACCCAGGGCUGCAGAGCUGCUGCAGAGCCCCCACAGAAGGGCCAGGAGGACGCAGAAUGGGAGGGUCCUCCACUGCCAGCAACUCCAGCACCUGCGGGCAGUGCCCGGGCCUGGAGCUGCUGUACGAGCAGAGCCGCCUGCCGCUGGUGACUGUCUACAGCGCCGUGUUUGUGCUGGCGCUGCCCGCCAAUGGGCUGGCGGCUGGGCUGGCAUUGCUGGCUGCACGGCGUGGCAACGUGCUGGCUGUGUACAUCUUCUGCCUGGCGCUGUGCGAGCUGCUGUACGUGGGCACCCUGCCGCUGUGGGCGCUGUACAUCCAGAACAAGCACCGCUGGGCACUGGCCCGGCGUACCUGCCGCCUCACUGCCUUUGUCUUCUUCUGCAACAUGUAUGCCAGCAUCCUGCUGCUCUGCUGCAUGGCCUGCGACCGCGCCCUGGCCCUGGCCCACCCGCUGGCCAGCCGUGCCAGGCGUCGCCCGCUCACUGCCGCCCUGGUGUGCACGGUAGUGCUGGUGCUAGUGGGCGUAGUGCACGGCCAGGUGCUGGUCGGGCUGCCCGAGGUUGGCCGCAACGACACCUGCUUCGACGAGCUGCCCAUUGACGCCACCACUGCCGGCUACUACUACGCGCGCUUCGCCCUGGGCUUCGCGGUGCCCCUGGGCGUGCUGGCUGCCGCCACCUGGAGCAUCCGGCGCAGUGUCCAGCGCAGCUUAGGUCUGAGUGCCGCCUGCAAGGCCCGGGCGCGGCGACUGGCUGCGGCCGUAUUACUAUUGUUCCUCGGCUGCUUUGCGCCCUACCACGUGGUGCUGCUGCUGCGGGCGGCCGCCUACUCCUACUACCACGACUGUUGCCCCACCCUGUGUGCCUUCGAGAAGCGUUUGUACACGGCCUUCGUGGCCUUCCUCUGCCUCUGCACGGUCAGCAGCGUGGCUGACCCCGUCCUCUACGUGCUGGUCAGCGACCACCUGCGCCAGGAGGCGGGGAGGCUCCGUGGGUGCUGGUGGCUGACUAGUCGAGGGACAGAGGUGACCCAGCUCACAGGUUCCAAGGAUUUGGAGGAGCCACGCUCGCCCGGGGCACCCUCUGGGGGUCAGCUCUGCCCCUUGGACUCCCUGUACGAGGACAUCUGACCACUCCUGCUCCUGGGACUGGUGGGGUGGGCACCUGGACAGGACAGGGAGGGACUUCAUUUCUCAGCCCGGCGGUGACAAUGAGCGUGAGGGGACAGAAGGGUGCCUGUGACUGCUGGAGAUGCUGGGAGGCAGCUCAAGUGACCGGCCCUCCAAGGUCUGGGUGCUCCUGUUGGAAUGGGCCCUGCCUGAGGUGGCAGGCAGGUUAAAGAAUCCUUCAGCCAGGUGUGCCUGGGGGGAGGCAGAAGGACUCUGGGUAGAUGAGGCUGCCUGGCAUGGCUCCACAUCAAGGCCAAGAGGAAUGGCUUCACCCAGAGCCAUGGGGCUGGAAGGGACACAGCUAAAGUCAAUUCAUGUCCCAUCUGACCUCCCAUGGAGGAGUGAAGUCACUGGCUUUGGCCCAGGGUAUGGUACAUAGAUAAGAAGUGGACUCUUUGGUGGAGGGUAGAUAGCAUAACAGUUAUGCAAACAGACUCUCAUGCCUGAGGCUCCAAAGUCCCAGGUUCAAUCCCACGCACCACCACAUGCCAGAGAUGAAUAAUACUCUGGCAAGGAAAAAAAAAAGAGAGAAAAAGAAGUGGACUCUUUGGGGGUCGGACGGUAGCACAGCGGGUUAGGCACACAUGGCGCAAAGCGUAAGGAUACCGAUUCGAGCCCCUGGCUCCCAACCUGCAGGGGAGUCGCUUCACAGGUGGUGACGCAGGUCUGCAGGUGUCUCUCUUUCUUUCCCCUCUCUGUCUUCCUCUCUUCUAUUUCUCUCUGUCCUAUCCAACAGUAGCAAUGAUAAUAAUAACCACAACAAUGAUAGAUAAAACAACCAGGGCAACAAAAGGGAAAAAAAUGGCCUCCAGGAGCAAUGGAUUCAUGGUGCAGGCACCGAGCUCCAGCGAUAACCCUGGAGGCAAAAAAAAGAAGUGGACUCAUCGCACUAUGCCAGGUGCCACUGAAAUGCC